AUGCCUAGCAUCAAUCCCAAAAUAGCAGUCCUGGCCAUCGCAGUCACCGCCAUCACAGCCUGCGGGGCGUGGGUCGGCGCCAAUCUUGAAGAGUCCCAAAAAGUCAAGAAAAUCCAGGAAGAAGGCCUUCCUCUCAAGAUAUCCCGCCUUCGCUCAACGAGAGAGGUCCUCGUCACCCGAAGAGAUGAAAUCGAAUCAAAAAUCAGGAGCUUCCAGCAGCAGCAGCAGCAGCAACAUCAAGAGCAGCAGCAGUGA